AUGUAUUCUAUCGAAGCAAAAGAUGGAAAAGUACCCUUUGAAGAAGCGCUCGGGAAAACAGGUUAUGGCUUGUACAGUUACCUGAUAAUAGCGCUAGCGGGCGCGUCCACCAUCUCCUUCGUAGCUUUGAUAUACGGAAGCACCAUUAUCGUGCCAGCAAGUGCAUGUGAACUAGAAACCACCACGGCACAGCAGGGGCUUGUGGUCGGGGUGCCUGUUGCAGUUUCGACAGGGGCGUUGAUAGGCUCUCUGCUAUGGGGCUUUCUGGGCGACACGCGCGGCCGCCGCCGCAUGCUGCUGGUAUCGCUGGCGCUGGGCGCCGCGUCCAACGCGCUGGCCAGCAUAUCUGUCAACUGGAUCAUGCUGAUGAUCAUCCAGCUAUGCACCGUCACUUUGGGCUCAGGGAUAUACGUGCUGUCAAUGACUCUGCUCAGCGAGAGUGUACCACUACAGAAACGUAAUGUCGCCAUGGUUCUGGUUUCCAGCGUCUUUCUACUAUCACAAGGCAUUUUAUCAGUAAUGUCUAUACCCAUCAUCCCGUUGACGUUUUCUUACCACCUGGAGGCGCUUGGUAUCUACUGGAACUCCUGGCGUACUCUGCAGGUGGUGUACUCACUGCCGUGUCUUAUCUGCGCGGUGUUCUGGGUAUUCAUGCAGGAGAGCCCCAAGUACGUACUGGCUAGUGGAAAUGAGGACCAGGCACUGAAGAUCUUGAGGACCAUCCACAGGUUGAAUAAUUGCAGACGUGGGGAAGAAUUGCAAGUAAAAGCGCUUCUGCAAGAGAAGGAUGCCACAUCCGAAAAGAAGUCAAAUGUUAAGGAGCAAAUAGCGCCGCUAUUCAAGAAACCAUAUUUGAAGAGCACUUUAAUCAUGGCCAGUCUCUUCAUGUUCAACAGUGUAGUAGCCUUCGUCGUGUGGGCUCCGAGCAUCUUCAAUCAACUGAUGACACUGCUGGAGACAAAAGAGGGUUCGGACCUCACGCUCUGCCAGAUCAUCGCCACAGAAGUUGACGUUGAUCCUGAUGCAGCACCCUGUUCCAUCAACAGUACCGCUAUGCUGCUACUCCUGGCCAUGUGUGCGCUGCAAUCUGUAUUCAACACCAUCCUCAGCCUGAUAGUGGACAAAGCAGGCCGCCGCAACACCGCCAUGGCCGUCGCCUCCGUGUGCGGCUUGUCCGGCGUGCUGGUCAACUUGGUCCCCAAUGCCAUAGGCACGGCUGUGCUGUUCGCAGUUUUCUCCCUGGGUGGCGUGACGUCGGGCUUUUAUACCGCUAUCGCUGUUGCACUGUUCCCCACACGACUGAGGUUUGUUUCCAUGACGGAUCAUCAUCAACAGCCAUUUUUGUCUGUUGUUUCCAGGACCAUGGCUAUGGCUUUACAAAUGGUGGGCGCACGGCUGAUGAGCGUCGUUUUAAUUCAAAUCAUCAACUACCUCCUUGUCAAUUCUUGCGAGCUGGGCUUCUACCUCUUCUCAAUUCUGUUUGCCUCAUCAGCGUUGGUAUUGGCUCUAUUACCAGACGACCGCCAGCUGCUCGCGCCGCUGAAACAGCCCAAUCCGGAAAUUGUUGAUGAGCAACAUGAGCAGAGGACAUCCAUUUAACUUAUAUUUGUAUGCAACAUGUCUGUAUUUUUAUUACUUUUUAACAGCUGAAGCCUUUGUAUCAAGAAUAAAGAUCUGUGAUUAUA